GGCUUUUUCAGAAAGAAAAUCAUUCAUGGGAAGAACCAUUUUAAAGUUUAGCAGUGGAGAGUUUGAAACGGAUGACCACUCGAAAAAUGACCUGAAAAGUAAUGAUAAAUCGGAGUCUUAUGAUGGGCUAGAGCAGGCGGAUUUUUGCGUCACCGAGGAUCUAGUGCGGCGAUACUUUAUGGAAAACGGAGUUCUCCUGCCCUCCACACAAGAUUUCGUAAAAAUUAUCUCAGUCAUAUCUGAUAGCUCAGAGAUUGAAUAUUGUGAAUGGUAAUUAUAGCUCACAAAAAA